GCACACACUCACUUUCUCUCCCUCAAGCUUCAAAGUAGGAGUAAUUUCUCAAGCAUAAGAUUUUUUGUUGUUGCAAGUAAAGAUGGGAUCAGCGCCAUGAUCUUGUAAUUGCAGAAUGGAGAACUGUCCAAUUGAGCUAUACCAUCUCAAUCCCAACCUCAUUAGAUCAAUUCAAACAACAUGGUAGGUAGGACAAUUAAGGUUUCUGGUUUCCCCACGAAUGUGUCUGCAGAAACCGUGAAGGAGUUUUUGGAGAGAUACACGGGUGGGGGAACUGUCUAUGCACUUAAGGUUAGACCGCCAGAGAGUAUUGGGCCAAGAUCAAAAGCAUUCGUGAUCGUUCAAUUCACGACGAGCAGUUGCGCAGAAGAUAUAACCUUUAUGGCUAAUCAGCAGCAGCUGCAGUAUGAGGGUUCAUAUCUUAAAGCUCGAGAUGGGGAGCGUGAUAUUGUGCUGAAGCCAAAGGCCAAAAUGUUUAAAUUGGAACAUGUGAUUCUGCAUUUUGGUUCUCAGAUUACAGAUGGAAGUUUUUUAGCUCUUUGGAGGGUCGCUGGUGUUGAAGUGAACUCUGGUUUCGGUCUGAGGAAAUUGGAAUUCUUACUGUCUAGCCACGAAGUCCACUAUAAGCUUGAACUCUUUUAUGAGAGCAUUUGGCAAAUCCAGCUGCGCCGCUCACAUGGACAAGCAUCUAAGUUUCUUGUGAUACAGACGCAGUCGAUGUUACUGUUGAUUCGGGAGAAGCUAAAGGCGAUGACUAUGAUUGAAAGGAGAAGGCCAGGCUGGAAGAGCUCCUGA